AGCUGUACUGCAUCUUCUUCGCCGCUGGCAUUAAAUCCCUUGUUGAAGGCCCUUCCCCGCACAAAAAGUUUAGCCAGCUUGCCUGUGACGUUGGCAAGUGGCAAACCGCCAUUACGCAGGGAGUAAAAAUCAUAGUCCCUUACUUCCAAGCCACAGGUUGGAAGCGGACAGCGGUGCCAACAUCAGCCCUGUCACACUUCCAAAGAGUUUGGCUCUUGGAGGCUUGAGGUUCAUUCUUUCGGCCAACCGCUAACAUGGCAUCCUCGAGUACAAUUGCGGUUGCUCUUCUUGUCGGUCUGCUGGCACUUCAUGUGCCCCUGGCGCAGUCCAAAAAGUCGCCACCACCGCCGGUUGACAUGGCGCCUCCACCAUCGGACGACUUUCCUCCCCCGGGCGACUAUCCACCAGACCAGCUUCCGCCAUCCAGCGUUGCGCCAUGUGAGGACCCCAACUGUGGGCAGUCACCUGAAAUGCCAGUCCUCCCCGAGUCUUCCCCUUUGAGCCCGCCGCCGUUCCCCAACGUCAUUUUGCCCCGUCUUGCGCCGCCACCGCCAGCGCCCGCGUAUGGUCCCAGCUACGGCCUCUACCCGCCCCAGAGCUACUCGCCCCCUCCCUAUGGCGGCCCCUAUGGCGGCAGCGGCUCUUAUGGAGGCGAUGCUUCGGCUCAGUCCGAUGCUUCGGAGAGUGCCUCUCCGUCUGUGUCCUCUCGCCGCAUGUUGCUGCGGUAACGUCGUUCCUGGCACUACGUUAUGUAGGCUGUAGUGCUGUACUGAUCGGGCGAUUACUUGGAUGGGCGUGGGCAGGAGGAACCUAGAUGGCCGAAACGGCUGUUGUAUGGCCCUAUUAAGGCACUCCUAUCCUUCACUGCACAUUCCAGAUGUGGACAACAGUCCAGGGCCGUUAGGUCUUAAUGUAUCACUGUUCUUCCUAAUGUAUGCGACAGGAUGCGACCGCUUUUGCAGUCAAUAUGGACUAUUUUGCAGGUUCCGACGUGCAUCUGGCCGCUUGAAAAGCAGACGCAUUCAGGCGCUGAUGAAGGGACGCAGUGUGAGCGGCAGUCGUAGGGUUACAUGGCUUUGCGGGCAGGUUUACUUGACGGCGCUGUCAUAAGCGCUUGAGAGAGGGUCCCAUUUUGUUAGCUGACUAGGAUCCGAGAUGGAUUUGCUUUCGCCAGAUGCUGGAGGCGUGCACAUAGGCAACUUAUUCCUUGUUGAGCCCUGGGUACCGUAUCUCGCAAAUUGUGCUAGGCGGUGGGCGUUAUUGACCAAGCUGUCCUUUACUGUGCCGUCUCUGUCGGUAUUGUUUUUGGUUUCACACUGGUUUCCUUCGUGUUACUUCAAGGAUGGUUUUCAAGGAGCCGUUAUGUAUCAGGGAUUCAGGCCCCCUCCCUUCUGGCAGCAUUUCGAAUUACGUGGGUGCUUGUAACCAGUCAAGCAGGUCUCCUUGCGAUUCGCAUCUGUCGGACAAAAGACUCUUCUUC